CGCGCGGGCGGCGGCCGGGGCUAUGGCCGAGGGCGGCGGGGGCGCGCGGAGGAGGGCGCCGGCGCUGCUCGAGGCGGCCCGCGCGCGCUACGAGAGCCUGCACAUCUCGGACGACGUGUUCGGCGAGUCGGGCCCGGACAGCGGCGGGAACCCCUUCUACAGCACGUCGGCCGCCUCGCACUCCUCCUCGGCCGCCUCCUCGGACGACGAACGCGAGCGCCCCGGCCCCCCGCCGCCGCCGCCGCCCGGUGCUCCCGACGCGCAGGAAGCCGAGGAGGACGAGGCUGGCGCGGGCUGGAGCGCCACGCUGCGGGACCGCCCGCCCCCGCGCUUCGAGGACACCGGCGGUCCAACCCGAAAGAUGCCCCCCAGCGCCAGUGCCAUGGACUUCUUCCAGCUCUUUGUCCCCGACAACGUGCUCAAGAACAUGGUGGUGCAGACGAACAUGUACGCCAAGAAGUUCCAGGAGCGCUUCGGCAGCGACGGCGCCUGGGCCGAGGUGACGCUGACGGAGAUGAAGGCGUUCCUGGGCUACAUGAUCUCCACCAGCAUCUCCCACUGCGAGUCGGUCCUCAGCAUCUGGAGCGGCGGCUUCUACAGCAACAGGAGCCUCGCCCUGGUCAUGAGCCAGGCCCGCUUCGAGAAGAUCCUCAAGUACUUCCACGUGGUGGCCUUCCGCUCCAGCCAGACCACGCACGGCCUCUACAAGGUCCAGCCCUUCCUCGACUCCCUGCAGAACGGCUUCGACUCUGCCUUCAGGCCUUCCCAAACCCAGGUGCUACACGAACCCCUGAUUGACGAGGACCCCGUGUUCAUUGCCACGUGCACAGAGCGGGAACUGCGAAAGAGGAAAAAGCGGAAAUUCAGCCUCUGGGUCAGGCAGUGUUCUUCCACCGGCUUCAUCAUCCAGAUGUUCAUGGCACAAAGAGUUGAAGAAUUGCUUGCUAAUUCCGGCCCAUCCUCUUUGCUGGUCCUGGCAGCUCAGAUUUACGUCCACCUGAAGGAAGGCGGGGGCCCCGAUGGGCUGGAUGCGCUGAAGAAUAAACCCCAGCUCCACAGCAUGGUCGCCCGAAGCCUGUGCCGGAACGCGGCGGGCAAGAACUACAUCAUCUUCACGGGGCCCAGCAUCACCAGCCUGACCCUGUUCGAGGAGCUGGAAAAGCAAGAGAUCUACUGCUGUGGCCUGCUCAGCCCCAGGAAGAGUGACUGCACCGGCCUGCCCCCGUCCAUGCUGAGCAACCCGGCCACCCCCCCGGCCCGGGGCCAGCACCGCAUCAAGAUGAAGGGGAACAUGUCUCUGAUCUGCUGGUACAACAAAGGGCCCUUCCGCUUCCUGACCAAUGCCUACUCGCCCGUGCAGCAAGGAGUGAUCAUCAAGAGGAAGACUGGGGAGAUCCCCUGCCCCUUGGCCGUGGAGGCGUUCGCUGCUCACCUUAGCUACAUCUGCAAAUACGACGACAAGUACAGCAAGUAUUUCAUUUCUCAUAAACCAAACAAGACCUGGCAACAGGUGUUCUGGUUCGCCAUCAGCAUCGCGAUCAAUAACGCCUACAUCCUGUACAAGAUGUCAGACGCCUACCACGUGAAGAGGUACAGCCGGGCGCAGUUCGGCGAGAGCCUGGUGAGGGAGCUGCUGGGUCUGGAGGAAGCCUCCCCAGCCCACUGAUGCCAGGCGGCCAGGCCUAAGUGAGGACCAGGUCCGGGAGGCCGGAGGAGGGAGGGAGCGGGCCAUUCUGACCUGCCCAGCCAGAGCCCUGCGGGUGCCCCCCCCCACCCCCCUCCCCGGGGGUGGCCCCAGCCCGGAGGGGUGCCCAUGGCUUCCACGGGGACCAGGGUGGGCCUGGUCAGAGGACGGCUGCCCGUCCCGGUUCCCAUUCGAAGAAGAGCAUGUCCUCCCUCCAGAAGCGGCCACCCACCCGGUGCCGGGGCGGGCGCCGCACCCAGACUCCACGUGCCGGCGGGCGCGCUGUCCGUGGCAUUGGCCCAGCAGGGCACUGCCUCCUCGUGACACCCGUGGAGCUCAGCUCGGUACAGGGGCCCUGGGAAGGCUGUUGCCGCCGGAGGCGCCAGGGAUGGGAUGAGCCGUAGCACGUCCUGCUAGAAAUGCCUGCUCUGUAAAGACGUAAAGACGUUUGUGACGCGGUUCAGUUUCCUGCCGUGUCUGACGGCGACCAAGGCAAGCAGAGGUGGGGCUGUGCACCGCUAAGGCCGUGCCGGUGUGGGCAGGAGACCCGAGCGUCGCCCCGCACCUGCCUCACGCAGGCGGCUUGGAACGGGCCUCCUGGAACAAGGAACGCAAACUGGGUGCCAUUGACACGUAGGGAUGAAAUGGGGCAGCGAUUGCCCGUUCUGAGUCAAGGAUGAGGCGUUCCUAACUCAUUUCAUAUCCCUGGCUGGUGGACGGGGGAGUGAGGGAAAAUGCCAACGGAAUCGCAGCGACGUGUGAUGCUGUUUUUUAUUUUUCAAUAUACCUUCAGGUUAUUUUCUUACCGUUGCUUAAGAUCUUCUGUAAAAGGAAAAUGUCCCCCUUCUUUUCCGCCCCCUCCCUUCGCCCCAGCCGUGGCUGUUUGCGUGGUCACAGUUUGGUAUUCUGGGCCCCGUGACCGUGCCAGGACCGGAAAGGGCAGCUUGCUCCCAGAACGGACGUGCUUCCACUCCAUCAAGGAGCACGGGGGGCCCUGUGGGCCUUAAGUGUUGCCAUAGACCUGAUCAUCGGCAGAAUUACUUGUUUGGGAAAACACGAGGCAUUGCUGCAACGCACGCCAACACGUCUGGGGGUGACACUGGCCAAUUCUCACGCCCCGCGUGUGGUCACCUGGCUGGGUGUGCCCUCUGACCCCAUUGCCCCAGAACCCCGCGGCUGGCACGGGCAAACCCGGGAAGGUGACCGGGUGACCAGCUUUGUUGGGGGUGAUCUCCCCGUAGGACCGCGAGAAGUACAUGCCAAGGCCGCUGGCAUCUGGGGCUCCUGUGCCCAGGUCCGCGUGUCUCCAGGGGAGACCUGGGCCAGGGUGAUCCCCUGGUCUGACCGUCCCCCGCAGACAAGAAACGAGCGAUUCCUGGAGUUACACGAUCCCCCUCCAGCCUGGUUUACAUAGCCCCCUCAUUUUUUUUUUUUUUUUUUUUUUUUUUUUUUUUACCAAAUGCAAAAUCUAUUCUACUCAGGCUUUGGGACGUUUUUCCUUGUUCACACUCAGUUAAUUAAACGUGUUGCUGGCCGCAUGCUCCUGAACUCCACGCCAUUCCUGCAGCCUGCGUUCGUGAUGAUCCCCCUCGCCCUGUGGUUUGAAUUCGACGCCACGGAUUGUAGGCCAAAUUUUAAAUUGUGUUUCCAAACACCUUCGCCGUGUCCUUUAAUUGGAUUGAAAGCACUUUUACCACAUGGAGAAAUAUAUUUUUAAUUUGUGAUGCUUUUCUACAAGGUCCACUAUUUCUGAGUUUAAUGUGUUUCCAACACUUAGGGAGACUCUAAUGAAAGCUGAUGAAGUUUCUUUUCUGUCCAAAUAAGUAAAAGAAAAAAUAAAAGUCUAUUUAGAUGCUGA